AUGAACAUAAUAAACAUAAGGUUGAACAAGAUCGAGCUUUCAUUUGAAACAGAAUUACAACAUCCCCGCAAACAGUCCCUUGGUCAAUUCACUCCCUUGAUGUCGAGCCCCAAAACAGCUUCAAUUCUGAGAAUUAACAAGGCUCAAAAAUGGGCUUAA